AUGGUGUUUGACAAUGGACCUCAGUUCGAAACGCCUGAACUCAAAAAGUGGUUGGAAGACCAAGGCAUAGCUCAUUGCUUUGCUUCAGUCGGCCGCCCACAAGCAAAUGGUCAGGUAGAGGCAUACAACAAAUUGAUCUCCAAUGGAAUUAAGCACAAGCUUGAAAGAGCAGGCGGCUUGUGGGCUGACGAAUUGGUUAAUGUGUUGUGGUCCAUACGGACCACGGCCAAAAGUUCCACAGGAGAAACUCCCUUCUUCUUAGUCUAUGGUGCUGAGGCGGUCCUUCCAAUUGAAAUGUAUGAGCCCGCUCUUAGGGUGAUACUAUAUGAUGAAGCGGCCAAUUGGGAAGCCAUGAAGACCGCUCUAGACUUCCUUCCUGAAGCUAGGGGCAAUGCGGCGCUUAGACACAAAAUCCAUCGUCUUCGGAUGACAAGGGCAUACAAUCGCCGAGUGUCAAAGCGGCCAAUAAAAUUGGGAGAUCUGGUCCUAAGGAAGAUGGAGGCGGUGGGGCGAGCAAAUGAGGAUGGCAAGCUGACCCCAAAUUGGGAAGGGCCUUAUCGAGUCAGGGAAGAGGUCAGAGAUGGGACUUACCGUCUUGAAGCCAUGAACGGCCGACCCAUCCCGCGCACAUGGAACACUGACAAUCUGAAGAAAUAUUAUGUUUAG